CCCUAUCCCACCCCAUCACCCUACGACAGGAGAUAGAUAGGACUCGUGUUACCCCAACUCUAAGAAAGAUUGUCAGAAGGGCCGAUCUAUUUUUUCUUCCCUUCUUCUUUGUCUCUUCUUUUCUUUUCUCUUUUUCUUCAUAUUCUUUCGAUUUUUCAAUUAUGCCCUAUUAACGUAAAACAAUUCUGAUAUUGUUUUGUUAUAAUCGAGUUGUCAUCGUCAUCGUAUUGAUAUUUGGAAAGCAGAACGAGAGAAGUGGACAAUCGUCAGGGAUUAGGAACGGGUUUGAAGUUGAUCGUCCACGUCGUCCUCCUCGUCAUUGUCGUCGUCGUCGUCGUCGUCGUCGUCGUCGUCGUCGUCCUCGUCAUCAUUACCAUCAUCAUCAUCCUGAUAUCGACAUCGCCGUCGUCAUCAUCGUCGUUGCCGCCGUUGUCGUCACCGUCGCCGUCGCCUUCGUCAUCGUCAUCGUCAUCGUCAUCACAGAAAUCUUUCUUCUUCUAUCCGGCGACGAAGGGCUCCGGAGGGUCGUCGAACUUAACGUGGAGAAAGGCAAAUGAAGGUGCAGGAAGAAGGAGAGCCGCAGGUGGAUUGACAAUCUCACCGGCAGCGGUCGCUCUAUCGAACGAUGACAGCAACGAUGCUUUCGAGGAAUUGGGGCUGGGGGUUGUUCGUUCUUGUUUUUCUUGUUCUUGCCACCCCCAGUCCCGCUGCCAUUCGCAGAGCGGACCGUGGUCACUGUAACAAGACCGUUGACAUCUACGAGGAUGUUUCCAGUCCUGCAGUGACCGCUGCCAACAUGGGAAAACCACUUUAUUGUUGGUACCGUUUUCGUGCUUUUCGUGGAACACCAAGAGAUUGGAUUCUUCGUGUACGUUUUAAGAAAUUCAAAGUUGGCGUAUUGGAGAAUGCUACGACUUGUUCGGGCGGUUACUUGCAGAUCAUAGACGGCAACACGAAAACCGAGGUGAGCAAUCGCAAGGACCCCGGUGUCUAUUGUGGCGAAUCCGAGCAACCGCAAACGUUCAUUUCCGAGACGAGCUUCGUACGAGUGAUCUUCCACGCGGAGAACUUCACGGACCAAACUUACUUCAGUUUCGACUCGCGGGCCGAGCAACAACUCGACGUUUACCUGAGGUACGGCCAGCAUCCAGAACUUUAUCCAAACAGAAGGGGCGAGAUUGUGCCUGGGAGUUACUGCGAAAGGGUUUUUAAGGACUGCAGAUUGCAAACGUGCUACGUACAGAGCCCAGCCUUUCCGGGUAUUUAUCCGCGAGCUUUGCACUGUAAAUACAAGCUAAAUACACGGUUGCCAUUCAUAAAGCUCUAUAUAGAGAAUGAAGAGUUCAAUAUCGACGGACAACGAUGUGAGAAUAUAAUGACCUGCCCGAUGAGACCGAUAAGCUCCGGCUCGGAACAUUGUCCGUACGAUUAUAUACGUGUCUUCGAUGGGAAGGAUGAAAAUAGUCCUGUAAUCGGUACAUUCUGCGGUAUGGGUAAAUUCCCCUACAGUAUAAUCGGCACCAGCGAAGAUCUCUAUGUCGAAUUUGUUUCCUCACCAGCCGGACCACUAUUGAACACGGGUUUUCACUUUAACGUUGGCAACUGGCCUGGUCACGUCGAAACGGCAGGCGUAAAAAACGGUAGCUGCGACUGGCUACUCAACAGCGAGUCCCUCGUAAGCGGUAACGAGGGUAUCUUCCUGUCCGUCGCGCACUGGUACCCACCCCAUACGAGCUGUACCUAUUUGCUGAGGGGUCGCCCUGGUGAAAUAGCCAGGCUUUACUUCCCCAGUUUCCGUGUCAAUCGAAUCGAGUCGCCCAUCAAGCCUUACGACGGUGACUGCGGUGAGAGCCUUACCCUCUACGAUGCGGAUUGGCCGGACGAUGCUAGAAUAAUCAAGACCUUUUGCGAUACCUUCAGCAAACCAAUGGAAAAGCACGAUUUUGUCUCCACUUCGAAUGCUCUAUUUGUUAGAUUCGAGAGUAAAACCGGCAGUUACUCAGGGAGUUCCCUUUACUAUUGGGCACAUUACGAUUUCUUCAAUGCCACGAGAUUUGGGGAGCCUGUACCUGGCACAGAAUGCGACGAAAAGUUUACUUCAUGGAGAGCACGUGUUGGACGUUUGAGAUCACCCCUGAACACGUUGAUUUAUAAACGACCUGGGAACCCACCAAUGGAUCUCUCCUGUACCUAUACGUUUCUCACGGACAAGAGGCUUUUCGCUAGAGUAAUAUUAACGAUCGAAUCGGUGUCUUUCAAAGAACGUUCAACCGGUCACUGUGGCCAUUGCUGGGACAGUCGAGUCGAUAGAUUGGUUAUACGAGAACCUGGACCGGAUGGUGUUAAGGGUACUUGUAUAUGUCGUCGUGACGAGGAAGACAGUAUACCGAUAACACCGAUCAGAGUAGUGUCCCGUGGCGAGAGGCUCGAUCUGAAGUUUCUAAUAGACGGUGUUCGGGCAGCCGCGAAUUACUUUAAACAACCUUCACCGAUAUUCGAGGCCAAUUACGAAUUCGCUCACAGUCCACUCUGCGGGCCUGCCAUAUUGCCUGCUAUCACGGACGGUGAAAUCGAAUUUCCUCAUUACGAGGCACUAGGCUACGUUGCUCCACCGAGAUCGAUCAAAUGUAUUUGGGAGUUAAGAGUCAAUCACGGACGAGACUUGUGGCUACACUUUGAUAAAAUAAAAUUUGCUUCUCGUUCCUGCGAGGACGGUAAGCUAGAAAUCUUUCUUCCUGGAUCGAUCGAUCCAUAUCUUGGUAUUUGCGGAGAGAAUGUCAGCUCUGUCAGAGAAAUGCCUAUACUAUCGGCUAGUCAAAUUCUACCAACCGAUCGUGACGACACGGAAUAUUCCAACGUAGUAAUACAAUUUACCGGAACUAUGGCACCAGCCAGAGCUGCCUUUAAAAUCGCCUGGACCGAACUCUAUCAUUUACCGAGGGACAGUUCGGGCGGACUACAUAGCCAAAAACUCGAUGAGGAGUGCGGCUUCCAUUGUCCCGGUGACGCUGGUUGCAUACCCAUCAGAUUGGUAUGUAACGGUGUUGUAAAUUGUCCUAGUACCAGCUCAACGAUCGUCGUUCCCUACAACAACAACAGUCAUCCUGAACCUGACGACGAGUCUCUCGAAAGCUGUGCUGGACCUCUUGGAUCGAACGGUGGAAGUGUCGUUGGUCCUGCUGGUUGGGCUGGUGCUGGACUCGGUGCUGGCUUGGCUAUAUUACUUGCUAUUACUUGCCUCAUCGUGGUGUGUCGCAUUUGUAAGCGUCGCUCUCGUUCCAGAGACAUUCACGUACCGUACUAGCGUUCGGAGCUAAUACCUACUCCAGCAUAUCGUCGUUGCGAUCCUCCUGUGAAUUACGGACGCGAACGCGAACACGAACGUGAACACGAACGUGAACGUGAACGUGAACGUGAACGUGAAUAUGAACGUGAACACGAACACGAAUGUCGUCGUCGUCGUUGUCGUCGUCGUCAUUAUCUUCGUUGUCAUUGUUGUCGUCAUUGUUGUCGUCGUGUCGAUCAUUUUUUUCUUCUUCGUUCGAUCACGACGACGAGAUUGCCUUUUCAACUCUCACGAUUUUUCCUCCCAAAUAAUCUCUUCCUUUUCGUACCUAUGUUGAAAUAUAUAAACAACUUCCAACUCGCAACAGUUAUUACUAGUUUUUAGAAACUACGUCAGUGGCACUGCGUUACGCCGUACUGUUCGAGUUGAAAAAGAUAGAAAGAGAGAGAGAGAGAGAAAGAGAGAGAGAGAAAGAGAAAAAGGAUGCUUGCGAAAUAACACGAGUCCAUGUAUUCCCUUAGGUCCCAGGACGCGAAAGUGCCAAUGAAAAUUCUAUCCGGCAUUUUGACGGCCAUCUUUGAAACUACUAUAUGGAGGAAUAUAUUGUGGGAACAAUAUGGAACCUUAGGAAAAGGAUAAUGGCGGAAUUUUUUUCUUGAUAAAUUAAAUGGACGUUCGUAUCCGGUGAGAAAGAUUGAAAAUUUUUAAAUAAAUAUAUAUAUAUAUAUAAAAUAACAAUAUUAUAUCAGGUUUCAUUAAAGAACAUUGUUAAAAUAGCCCGCGAUGUAAAUGAAAGCAAGAAAAUGAAAAUCGAUUAAUAUUUCGUUUUUCUUCCAUUUGUUUUAUUGU